GCCGUGAAUCUUGUGUCAGUUCCCUUCCGCUUUCUGCAUGCUGGCUUCCCUGCGCAGCGAACGGAAAGCAAGAUGGUGGGCAAGUAUCGAGGCAAGGUGUUGGUGCCCUACGCGAAGCGGCGUGAGCUCGAAGAGAGGGAGGAGAUGAGGCUCAGCGACAACUGGCCAGAAGACACCCCCAUGGAGCUCAUUGACGACAUCAAGGUGCGGUACCUCUUGGGCGCCAAUGGCCUGAGACUCAAGGAGAUGCCGCUGGUGGUGCGCCAUUGCCGGGAGUUCGUUGAGGUGGCGCUGCAGCAGAACGGCAUGGCGGUGGGCUACGCUGGCCGCGAGCUGAAGGCGGACCGGGAGCUCGUGGAGCUGGCACUGCGGCAGACCGGGGAGGCCCUGCAGCUCCUGGAAGACUUCUGGGACGAAGAGGAGGUGGUGCUGUGCGCGGUGCAGAGCUCCGGGUGCUCUCUGCGCUUCGCCUCCGAAGCACUCCGCCGGAACCCGGACCUCUGCCUGGAGGCGGUGCGCCAGGACUGGCAAGCCAUGGAGUACUGCGAUCCAGUACUACACUCCGACUGGGACUUCAUGACUGAGGCCAUCCGGUCCAGUUGGCGCUGCCUCUCUUUUGCGCACCCCGACAUCUGCAACGACAAGGAGGUGGUGCGACUUGCGCUGAGGCAGAGCUGGCUGGCUAUGGCGCAGGCCUCGGCCAACGUGCGGGCUCAGCGGGACCUGGUGGCGGAAAUCCUGCAGCAGGGCGCCUGGCAGGCGUUGCUCCAUGCCGACCCAUCGCUUCAAGACGACCGGGGCCUGGUGGAAUCGGCGCUGAAGCACAGCGGCCUCGCGCUGAGCUGCGCGUCGACGCGCCUCCAGGACGAUGAAGAGCUGGUGGUCCUGGCAAUCACAAAGGAGGCCAUGGCGUUGGAGCAUGCCUCGGAACGUUUGAGAGACCGGGAGGACCUGGUCUUCCCGGCGGUGCAGGCGGACCGCCGCGCCCUAUCCUACGCCACCGAACGCCUCAGAGGGAACUUCGACUUUGUCAUGCGCUGUGUGGAGUGCGACGGGAUGGUCUCGGAGUUCGCCUCCGACGAGCUCCGUGCCAACGAGGAGAUCAUGACUGCAGCAGUCAAACAAGACUGGCGUGCAGUGAACUUUGCCCCACCCAGCUUGCAAAGCAAGCUGACCUAGACUUGAGCUUUCGCUGCCGCGGAUCAGAAUGAACCGAACGCCAGCGAAAGAUGUUCAGGGUUUAAGGCC